CAUUUUUAUCGCGCGGUCCAAAUCUAACCUCUUCUUCUACUCUAUCUAUAUUUCCUUCGACCUUUGAACCCCACGAGCCUUGUUUUCCGCUCGCUUGUUCUUAUUUUUCCCUUUUGUAAUAUUCAUGAUGCUCUUAGAUCUGUCCGAUCUUCCUACUAACUUUCUCUUCCACUUCUCUUCGAUCUGUUUUUUACUUUCUAUUCUCAUUUCUCCACAAACUUCUUCCAUUCUGUAAUGAGUCGUUUUUGAGCUCUUCGACUUUCACGAGCUGAUGUUCUGUCGAGUUUAAAGAAACCCAUUUCCUAGAAGCUGGAAAAACUGUAGCUUUUGUUUGAUUCAGUGCCCAUGUUUUUUCAAUUAGGGUUUUCUGCGUGGCACUUUGAUGAUUUUGUAGCUCUCUGGAGGUAAGAAUUUCUGGGUUUUUUUCGUGGUGAGUGAAAUUGUUUGGAAUGGAUUAUAAUGGGGGAAACGUAGUCCAUGUGAUUCCCGGGACGAGCAGCGAGAAUUGGCCUGGCGAAGUUUGGGCCACCGAAGACGAAUACAGAGCUUGGAACAAUGGCGUUGAUGGGUGUGUCGAUACGCCCUCGAAUUCGAGUUAUGAUCAAAGGCAAUCCCAAAGCCGGUCCGGCAGCGAACCCCCAAAUAAGAAAUCGAGAAGCUCCCAGGAUGUUACGUCCUCGAAUCGAUCAAAAGCGAUAGGUAAAAUGUUCUUCAAGACCAAACUCUGCUGCAAAUUCCGCGCUGGAACCUGCCCUUACAUCACCAAUUGCAAUUUCGCUCAUAGCAUUGAGGAGCUUAGGCGGCCACCACCGAAUUGGCAGCAGGAAAUUGUGGCCGCCCAUGAGGAAGAAAAGGCGGUAUUUUUAGAGCCAAGGGAGGAAUUUCAGAUACCUUCACUUGGGACAUCAAAUUUUGGUUCCGAGUCGCAGAGGUCAUAUAAAGGACGACAUUGCAAGAAGUUUUACACCGAGGAGGGGUGUCCAUAUGGGGAUGGUUGUACAUUUCUUCACGACGAGCAGUCGAAGAAUCGAGAGAGUGUGGCAAUAAGCCUGGGUCCUGGUGGCUACAGUGGUGGCGGAUCAGGAAAUGGAUCAAACACUAAGCCUUCGAAUUGGAAAACAAGGAUAUGUAACAAGUGGGAGUUGACGGGAUAUUGUCCAUUUGGAAACAAAUGUCAUUUUGCUCAUGGUGCUGCUGAAUUGCACCGUUAUGGUGGUGGGCUUAUGGAGACAGAAACUAGAGACUCUUCAUCUGCUCCUCCUGACCAGAAGCAGGGAGUAUUACCGAAAGCUCCUGGCGACACGGUGGUUGCUUCUGUUCCUUCAGUUCCUCAUUCAGACGUUUAUCAUGUCGUGAUUCCAUCUCAGAGGUCAACCAUUGUAAUUCAAAGGUCAGGGCAGAGAACUCAUCAGAAAUGGAAGGGGCCCGAUAAAAUCAGUAGGAUAUAUGGUGACUGGAUCGACGACAACGAAUAAUAUUAUCCAAGCAAUCACCGAACGUGAAUAACGAGAACUUUAAGUUCCAUGGUUAACAAACAUCAUAAUGGACUUUGUCUCUCAUAAGUUGGCAGAUGAAGAUUCUGUUUGUUCAGGUCGAGUUUUGAUCGGUUCUUUACUUAUUCUCAUUUCCAACCCACUGCACUUCCGAUCAUCAAAAUUUGAGGCAUAUGGUCUUUAUCUGUUAGUAGUGUCUUUAUUUCUGUUGUUACUAUAUGUAAUCCUUCUCAUUCAAAGAAAAGGGAAAAUGUAUGAUUGUCACCACCUUCCCGGAUCAUCAUUGAGUGAUUCUUCUGUUUUCUGGGAAAGUCUUUAACCUUAUUGUAAUGGGAAUAUGAGUUAGUUCUUCACAUGAGGCAGGCAGCAAUUUUUAUACACCGACAUUGUGAUCAUUGAGGAUCCCCUAGCGUUGUAUUGGUCGUUGGACCGUUACGUUGUUCCCUUUUUGUAUAAUGAGUCCCUUUUUGUAUAAUGAGUCGUAGGUAGCAACAUUCUUGUAAUAGUUAUCGUUCGUAGUUUGUAUCUUCGUCCCAUCAUUUGUUGUU